AUGCACCAAGGAAACCAAAGUAUCUCCAAAUUCUUCCUCCUGGGACUCACUGUGGGGUCUGAACAGCAGAAGCUCAUCUUUAUGCUGUUUCUGUGCAUGUAUCUGGUCACCAUGGUAGGAAACUUACUUAUCAUCCUGGCUAUUAUCAAUGAUGCUCACCUUCAUAGCCCCAUGUACUUCUUCCUUGCCAAUCUAUCCUUCAAUGACAUCUGCUUCACAACCACCACAAUCCCCAAAAUGUUGGCAGACAUCCCAAGCCAAAGCCCAACCAUCUCCUUUGCAGGAUGCCUCACACAAAUGUACUUUUUUAUGUUGCUGGUGGACCUGGACAAUUUCCUUUUGGCAGCCAUGGCAUAUGACCGGUACGUUGCCAUCUGUCACCCAUUACACUAUGCUGCAUUACUGAACCCCAAGCGUUGUGCCCUGUUGGUAGUGACUCCAUGGGUCAUCUCCAAUCUUGUCUCAAUACUGCAUUUGACACUUUUUAAAAGACUCCACCUCAAGUCUUACAUUCUGUGUGAAUUCUUUCAUAAUUCUCCCAUCUCUUUAGGUACAAUUAUUCCCUUUUCUCCUCUAGGCCCCUGCAGCACUUUAUUUUGUCAUUGUAUCAUUUAUCACAAUAAAUUAUAA